GGGAGCGCGUCCGGCGCGCCCGUUUUGAAGCUCCUUUGAGCAGCGCGGGCAGGACCGCGCCCCCCUCUGCAGGGUCCCCGCGCCCCGCGAGUCCCCGCAGUUGCCGAGUCGUGGGUUCUGUUCCCCGGCGCCGGGCCCCGCAUCGUCGAGGGUCGUCCGGGCGGAACCGAAGCGCCCGGGGACGGGCGGGGCGUCUGGGGGAGUCUGGGGGCGCCCCGGGCCCAGCCCCCGCCAUGCCGCCCGGGAAGAUCCUGCAGCCGGUGCUGAAGAUGAAGGUGGACGAGCUGUUCCUGUGCUGGCUCAGCGAGGCCGGCACGCAGCGAAUGCUGCAGGACUGUCUGCGCCGGAUCAAGGCGCCCCCGCGAGACCAGCCGGCCACGGGGGACGUGGAGCUGCCCGCAGCCCCGCCCGCCACCCCCAGAUCCAGCGGGCUCGACCCCCCGGGGACCCCCGGCCCGGGCCCCGCCCUGCCCCUGGGCGCCGCCUGCAGCCCCAGGAACGCGCCCCACGCUCGAGGCACCCGUAGAUCGGCAGGCACGAGGGUAGUCCAGACGCUGAAACAAGAGCCUCUGCGCCCGGCCACCAGCCAAAGCAUUCCGACCUUCUACUUCCCCAGAGGACGCCCGCAGGACUCCGUCAACGUGGACGCCGUCAUCAGCAAGAUCGAGGGCACCUUCGCGCAGUUCCCCCAGGAGAGGGCCACCAUGGAUGACAUGGGCCUGGUGGCCAAGGCCUGCGGCUGCCCCCUCUACUGGAAGGGGCCGCUCUUUUAUGGCGCCGGCGGGGAGCGCACGGGCUCCGUGUCCGUCCACAAGUUCGUCGCCAUGUGGAGAAAAAUCCUCCACAACUGCCACGAUGAUGCCGCCAAGUUCGUCCACCUGCUCAUGAGCCCCGGCUGCAACUAUCUGGUGCAGGAGGACUUCGUCCCCUUCUUGCAGGACGUGGUGAACACGCACCCCGGGCUGUCGUUCCUGAAGGAGGCGUCCGAGUUCCACUCGCGCUACAUCACCACGGUCAUCCAGCGCAUCUUCUACGCAGUGAACCGGUCCUGGUCCGGCAGGAUCACCUGCGCUGAGCUGCGGAGGAGCUCAUUCCUGCAGAACGUAGCGCUGCUGGAGGAGGAGGCGGACAUCAACCAGCUGACCGAGUUCUUCUCCUACGAGCACUUCUACGUCAUCUACUGCAAGUUCUGGGAGCUGGACACGGACCACGACCUGCUCAUCGACGCGCACGACCUGGCGCGGCACAAUGACCACGCCAUUUCUACCAAGAUGAUCGACAGGAUCUUCUCGGGAGCGGUCACGCGAGGCAGAAGAGUGCAGAAGGAAGGCAAGAUCAGCUACGCCGACUUCGUGUGGUUUCUCAUCUCUGAAGAAGACAAGAAGACGCCCACCAGCAUCGAGUACUGGUUCCGGUGCAUGGACCUGGACGGGGAUGGCGCCUUGUCCAUGUUCGAGCUGGAGUAUUUCUACGAGGAGCAGUGCCGGAGGCUGGACAGCAUGGCCAUCGAGUCCCUGCCCUUCCAGGACUGCCUCUGCCAGAUGCUGGACCUCGUCAAGCCGAGGACCGAAGGGCGGAUCACGCUGCAGGACCUGAAGCGCUGCAAGCUCGCCAACGUCUUCUUCGACACGUUCUUCAACAUCGAGAAGUACCUCGACCACGAGCAGAAGGAGCAGCUGUCCCUGCUCAGGGACAGUGACAGCGGCGGCCCCGAACUCUCGGACUGGGAGAAGUACGCGGCCGAGGAGUAUGACAUCCUGGUGGCCGAGGAGGCUGCGGGAGAGCCCUGGGAGGACGGUUUCUGACGUUUUCACCCUGUUCACGGGCGUCUGCGCGGUGCUGUGAAUUCGGAGGGACAGGCGCUGACUAGUGUGACUUUACAGCUGCGUUUUUGGUGUGUGGUCUGAGGACUCAUUCCCGAAGCCAAACCCCCAGAUUUCCCCUCCACGUUUUCCCGUGUUCACUGGGGUCUAGGGUCCACCUGCAUAACCGUUCCCGUGGGCUGUGACGGUCGGAUGGAGGCUCCCCUUGUCGUCUGGGUGUCCAGCUGUCCCAGCACCGCCUUAGCAAAGCCACGGGGUCACCUGGGCGUGGUGACAGCAGGUGCGCCGGGUGCCACGCGUUCCUGAACCUGCCUGUGUUCCGCGGCUGCAGGCGUCUGUCCGUUCCCUGCAGGGAGAAGCCUGCGACUCCGGUGGCACGUGGGAGUGUCGGGCCGUUUUUGAUUUUUAGACUCAGCCCGUCGUCUCCGUGGAAAUGCGUGUUGGACUCUGGCGUGGGGGGCAGCGCUGGCCCCUGACCACACUCUGUACCUCACCAGCCUCAGGGGCACACGCUGCAGCGAUGAGGCCCCUGUCGCCAUCCUGUGCUGAGCUGCUCAGUGCUCUUGUUCCCCACCGUCCUGGCUAUUCGGCUUUGCCUUUGUAUGAAAAUAAGCUGCUUCCACAAAAAGUUCUGCUGAGCCCGGGCGCCGUGGUCACGCCUGCAAUCCCAGCACUUUGGGAGGCCGAGGUGCAUGGAUCGCUUGAGGUCAGGAGUUUGAGACCAGCCUGGCCAACUCGGUGAGACCCCAUCUCUACUGAACAUUUUAUUAAAACGUGCCGGUAACACCGUUUGCACCCGGGAGGCGGAGGUUGCAGUGAGCCAAGUUUGUGCCACCGCACUCCAGCCUCGGUGACAGAGCGAGACUCCGUCUCAAAAAAAAAAAAAAAUCCGAACUUUGAGCGAGAUCUUGCUGAGUGAACGGACCCGUGGGCCCGGCUGCCUGUCCAUAGCCCUGCGUGGCCCCGUCCACGGGCACCGUCCGUCACCUGUCUCAUUUCUCCCGGCGGGACUGUCUAGCUUUCCCGCUACACUUUACGUGGACGUUGUGACACGUCUACACGGGUGUUAGUGGCUUUUCUGGUGUUGUAAACGGUCCUUCUGCGGUUCCCGUCUCCAGUUACGUGUCGGCAGCAUCUAGAAAUACGUUCAUCGACCUUGUGCUCUGCACCUCCAGGAAAUAAACUUACCAGGUUCCGUC